GUUUUAAGGAAAAGAGUGAAACAAGGUAUAACAACGUAUUUUCAAGGGAAGGUAUUGGGAAAUCAAGGUUGGGGCUUUGCAUCUUCUGUUCAGAGAAUCACAGAGAAACAAUCGAGCAAUGGCGAGGUCAACAACUAAGGAUGCUCAAGCCCUCAUUCAGUCCCUUCGUUCUGCUUACGCCGCCACCCCCACAAAUCUCAAGAUCAUUGAUAUCUAUGUGAUUUUUGCAAUUUCUACAGCUCUGAUUCAGGUGGUUUACAUGGCAAUUGUUGGGUCAUUCCCUUUCAACUCUUUCCUCUCGGGAGUACUUUCUUGUGUGGGAACGGCUGUGCUGGCUGUUUGUCUCCGGAUUCAAGUUAACAAAGAGAACAAGGAAUUCAAGGAUUUACCACCAGAACGUGCAUUUGCUGAUUUUGUACUUUGCAAUUUGGUGCUCCAUCUAGUUAUCAUAAAUUUCCUUGGUUGAGCCAGGAGAUUCUUAAAGGAAUGCUUUCGGCUUUCAUCAUAGGUGCUCAUAGCAGUUAGCAUUUUUUCUUGCUGGAGGGGUGUGGGAGGACUGUUGGGGCACUAUAUAGCUUCUAUUUAAACGACCAGAUUCUGCCGAAUGUUAGAAUAGAGAAUCCUGAAUUCUGACUUUGAAUUGGCAUUGCCGAUCAGGGAAAAAAUUGAAUUGGCUGGCAUAAUUCGAGGUCGUUUCAAUUCUAGCUCUA